CUGGCCAUAAUCAUGUAGGCUGCUGUCAGACAGGAGGCAGGCUCAUCCACACACUGAUCUCACACCAUAUGAGGAGCAGGGAUGGCCGGGGGACGAAGAGGACUGGUGGCCCCUCAGAACACUUUCCUGGAGAAUAUCGUCCGCCGCUCCAACGACACCAAUUUUGUUUUGGGGAAUGCUCAAAUUGUGGAUUGGCCAAUUGUCUACAGCAAUGAUGGAUUCUGCAAGCUCUCUGGUUACCAUCGCGCUGAAGUUAUGCAGAAGAGCAGCACCUUCAGUUUCAUGUACGGUGAACUCACUGACAAGGAAACCAGCGAGAAAGUCCGCCAGACCUUUGAGAACUACGAGAUGAGCUCCUUUGAAAUACUCAUGUACAAAAAGAACCGAAUGCCAGUAUGGUUCUUUGUUAAAAUCGCCCCCAUCCGAAAUGAACAGGACAAAGUUGUGCUGUUUCUCUGCACUUUUAGUGAUAUCACUGCAUUCAAGCAGCCUAUUGAAGAUGACUCUUCAAAAGGCUGGGGUAAGUUUGCUCGCCUGACACGAGCAUUGACAAGCAGCCGGGGUGUUUUACAACAGUUGGCUCCGACUGUCCACAAGGGCGAGAACGUUCACAAGCACUCACGUCUGGCUGAGGUAUUGCAGUUAGGGUCUGACAUCCUACCACAGUACAAACAAGAAGCCCCCAAAACCCCCCCUCACAUCAUCUUGCACUACUGUACCUUUAAAACCACCUGGGACUGGGUCAUUCUCAUCCUCACCUUCUACACUGCCAUCAUGGUCCCCUACAACGUGUCCUUCAAGACCAAACAAAACAAUGUCACCUGGCUGGUGGUAGACAGCAUCGUGGACGUGAUCUUCCUUGUGGACAUUGUGCUUAAUUUCCACACCACCUUUGUGGGACCGGCUGGAGAGGUCAUCUCAGACCCAAAACUCAUCCGGAUGAACUAUGUGAAGACCUGGUUUGUCAUUGACCUUCUCUCCUGUCUUCCUUACGAUGUCAUUAAUGCAUUUGAGAACGUUGAUGAGGGCAUCAGCAGCCUCUUCAGUUCACUGAAGGUGGUGCGUUUGUUGCGACUCGGCCGUGUGGCCCGUAAGCUGGACCACUACAUUGAAUACGGGGCAGCGGUUCUGGUCUUGCUGGUUUGUGUGUUUGGCUUGGCUGCUCAUUGGUUGGCCUGUAUAUGGUACAGCAUCGGUGACUAUGAGGUCAUUGACGAGGUGGUCAACAUGGUCCGUACAGACAGCUGGCUUUAUCUUCUGGGAGAAUCCGUCGGCAUGCCAUAUCGCUUCAACGCCAGCGGCACGGGGAAGUGGGAGGGGGGACCAAGCAAAGACUCUGUCUACAUCACCUCAUUGUAUUUCACCAUGACCAGCCUGACCAGUAUUGGCUUCGGGAAUAUUGCGCCCACCACAGAUGGAGAGAAGAUCUUUGCCGUGGCCAUGAUGAUGAUUGGCUCUCUCCUUUACGCCACCAUCUUUGGUAAUGUAACCACCAUCUUUCAGCAAAUGUACGCCAACACCAACCGCUAUCAUGAGAUGUUAAACAGUGUGAGGGACUUCCUAAAGCUCUAUCAGGUUCCCAAGGGCCUUAGUGAGAGGGUCAUGGACUAUAUCGUCUCGACGUGGUCCAUGUCCAGAGGAAUCGACACUGAUAAGGUGUUGCAAAUUUGCCCCAAAGAUAUGCGAGCAGACAUCUGCGUCCAUCUCAACAGGAAGGUGUUCAAAGAACAUCCAGCUUUCCGUCUGGCCAGUGACGGGUGCUUGCGAGCUCUUGCCAUGGAGUUCCAGACAAUCCACUGCGCCCCAGGCGAUCUCAUCUACCACGCUGGUGAAAGUGUAGACAGCCUCUGCUUUGUGGUGUCAGGGUCUUUGGAGGUCAUUCAAGAUGAUGAAGUUGUUGCCAUUUUGGGAAAGGGGGAUGUGUUUGGUGAUGUGUUCUGGAAGGAAGUGAAUUUAGCUCAGGCCUGUGCAAACGUCCGUGCACUGACUUACUGCGAUCUUCAUAUCAUCAAACGUGAUGCCUUACAGAAGGUUCUGGAAUUCUACACGGCAUUCGCCGGACACUUCUCGAGGAACCUAGUGCUAACCUACAACCUGAGGAAACGGAUCAUCUUCCGUAAAAUAAGUGAUGUCAAACGGGAGGAAGAGGAGAUGCUGCGAAGGAAGAACGAAGCCCCUCUCAGUCUUCCCCCAGACCACCCUGUGCGCCGUCUCUUCCAGCGAUUUCGUCUACAGAGAGAAGCGCGACUGGCAGCAGAGAGAGCCAGUCAAGGAGAACAUGAUGUUGAGAGAGAUCCUGUUCAUGCAGAGAAGACCAUGGUACACAAGGUACCUACUAGCAUCGUCACAGUCACUGAAAGUCCAGCCACACCGAUUGCCUCUUCAUCCUCCUCUUCAAUAUCAUCUCGAACUUCAUGUCGAGCAAACCUUUGCACUCCUACAGCCCCCAGUGAAAACUAUACAGGAAGUAAGUCAGCCGAACCACCCAAAAAAAAAGGCUGGGGUCGCUUUAAAGACGCCACAGUCAAGUCUGACCUCUCUUGGUGUUCUGUGUCCAAAGCAGAGUCCAUGGAGAUGCUCCCAGACAGGACUAAGUCACAAGGUGAAUUGUCCCUCAAGAAGACAGACUCGUGCGACAGUGGCAUCACCAAGAGUGACCUGCGACUCGACAAUAUGGGUGAGAGUACAACUAGAACCCCUCAGGAUCAGAGCCCCACACAGCCCGAAGGGAGCCGAGCAUUCUGCCCCAUUCCAGAACAGUGUCUUCAGGCCUGCUUUGUAGAACUAAAGCAAGAACUGCGGGGAGAUAUCCACUCGCUCAACAGCAGAUUGUCCGUGCUUGAAAACCAACUCGCUGAGAUGCUCAAACUUCUCAAAGCAAGAAAGUCCUCUGGAUCUUGACACCUGUUUGACAUAUCAAGACCCGACUCUCCUGAUUCAGGAAAAGAAAUUUACAUGAUCUCCUAACUGCGUUUAAUCGGACACGUUGGCUAUAGAAAACACUGUUUGGUCCUGUUGCUGUAAAAGCCGAACUGACCUCAACUAGUAUCUUACUUAUCAACACAUCUUACUUCAAGGGCGAGUUGUUGACCUUCGUGAUGAAGAGUCAUGCUAGGAAAUAUGUGGAACUUGGAAUAUAUAAUAUAACAAAAAUUAACGGUAGCACUUUAUUUUACAGUGCUGUUCUACAUUUACUUACCAUAUAAUUACAACAACUACAGUAAUUACUAAACCUAACCCCAACCCUAACCUUAACCCAUAUUAAGUACAUGUAGUUACCUGAUAUUACUCAGUACUUUCUUGGGUAAGUACACUGUAAGUAUAUUGAAAGUACACGUACUGUAAAAUAAACUGCAACCCAAUUACUGUGAACUUCUUGUACAGUGGUCAACACUUUUUGUAUGGUUAUCAAAAUCAACCUGUAUUUGUGUCUGUGAAAUGUACAGCUUCCACCAGUCUUUAGGUGCGGCCACAUUUACAGUAGCACAGUGAAAUUUUGCUUGUGAAAAAAAACUACUUGUCAAGCGGCAUCUUUUUUAUGCUGUACUUUAUACUCUGGAACAAAACUUGAACCCCCCUCCCCCGCAAAAUUCGCUGUAGUGAAAUUCCUCACCACUGGAAGUCCAUCAGACCAAAUUUCUGAUUGUGUGGAUUCCCAAUGAGAUGACUGCAUUUCGCCAGUGGAAUUUUGCUGCACAGAGGUAAAUGUGACUGCACCUUUUCUCUCACAUCUGUUGUCACUGUCAGAUUUCAAUAUCAGAUUUCAAUGUCAACAAAUCUGGCAAUAAAUCUUGCUAAGGACGAACUUACAUUAUGAACAAUUCAUCGCCUUUGAUUUUGCAAAGAACAGUUUGGUCAGUUAAAUACAGUAGUACUACUUUGCAAAUGCACAUACUGUUGAAACACGGUCUCAUGAGAAGUAUUAAUAAUAGUAUAAGAUGGCGAAAUCGUAAGAAAUCAUACAAGUUGGCUUGUACAAAAACAUGUAAUUAAAUUUAUGAACCAAUGAAUUUUGUUAUAAAGAUUUUCCCAAGUUUAACCCCUAACCCAAACCCUAAACCUAAACCAUGAUUUUCAUAGGAAUAUCUCUUGUGUACUAUGGAAAAAAAUAAAACAUUGGGGUUUGGAAGAAGACGAGGGAAUCGUAUUACCGUUUAUUGACUUACUGUACAUCAGUCAUUUGUAUUGCAUAAAUAAAUAUGGAAUGAGUGACACAAUUUGUCCACUGACAUUUCCUUUCUUUAAAUAAAGUGUUUGAUAGGAGAAUUGCUAAAAAAUGCAAUUCCUGUAUUGAAUCAUUUUGAAAUUGUGUUUGUUGUUUAAAUUAUUACUAUGGGAAGAAAAGUCGUACCUUUUCAUUCGAGCCAAGUCAUACUGUACGUACGAUUUCACCAUCUGGUAAACAUUAUUAUGAAUUGUCUUGAGACUUUGUUGGAUUGUUUUUAUUUGUUUGUUUGUUUCUUCAAAUACUGUUAUUCUGGUACUUUUUUAUUUGUUUAACUAUAUAAUACCAUGUAGCCAGUUUUUGUGGUAAAAUGCUGUGCUCUUAAUAAUGUUGAAAGUAUACAAUAGAAGAUAAUAACCAAAAAUUCACCAACUGACAAAUAGGUACUACUGUCUGUUUUGGAUAUGAACAUCUUAACUUAAUUAAAAACUUAAUAACUUGGGGGCCUGUGUAGCUCAGUGAAUAAAGACGCUGACUACCACCCCUGAAGUUGCAAGUUCGAAUCCAGGGUGUGCUGAGCGACUCCAGCCAGGUCUCCUAAGCAACCAAAUUGGCCCGGUUGCUAGGGAAGGUAGAGUCACAUGGGAUAACUUCCUCGUGGUCGCUAUAAUGUGGUUCUCGCUCUCGGUGGGGCGCGUGGUAAGUUGUGCGUGGAUGCCGCGGAGAAUAGCGUGAAGCCUCCACAUGUGCUACGUCUCCACGGUAAUGUACUCAACAAGCCACGUGAUAAGAUGCGCGGAUUGACAGUCUCAGAUGCGGAGGCAACUGAGAUUCGUCCACCGCCACCCGGAUUGAGGUGAGUCACUACGCCACCAUGAGGACUUAGAGGGCACUGGGAAUUGGGCAUUCCAUAUUGGGGAGAAAAGGGGAGAAAAAAAAAAAAAACUUAAUUUUUGAUGAACUUCAACAUAGAGUUGAAGGGAAACUUAAGCGAAAUUGUAAUGCUAAAUGUUGCAGUAAUUUUUUGAGAAGAUCAAAAAGUAUAUGAUGUACUAUACUUAACAAAUGUACCAUAAUGCAUACAACUUAUAUGGUGUAUAAGAAUAACUUUAAAGUUUAUUAAUGUGGGAUAUGUCAUAAUCUGGAUUUAUUUGUGAAUCAGUUAAUCAUGGAAUUAGGUGUACUAGUGUUAAACUAGCAUGUGAUUUAGAGUAUUCUCAGCAAAAAUGUAUUCCCUUUUAUAAAACUGUAUUUGCUUUCAUGAAGUGUCCGAUUCUGUUUUCUUUUCUUUUUUUUUCUUCUUUUUUUUUUUUUUUUUUUUGGGGGGGGGGGGAAAUGUAAUUUCCAGAGAAGGUAUGGAAAGUGCUACACCGUACCUUGUCAAAAACGUUGAAGUGUGAAACUUUUGAACGUUUUGCAAAAUUUGUACUGAACAACUGUGUUUGUCUUUUUGACACAAUAUACAGUAUAAACUGUAUUCAGAAUGAAUCAGUUUAUACACUAUGACAGAAAAAAAUCAGACACCAAUUGAUUGAUUGUACUGUACCCAUUUUUAUCUGACAAAGAUUAGCAGAAACAUUUUAUUGCAAAAUAUUUGAAUGCUUGAGAUAAUGUUGGUCUUACGUUUAUAUACGUUUCAGAUCAUUUUUAUUGCAAGAUAUUAAGUUUAAUGUUUAAUAGAUUAGAUUAUACUGUAUAAUGGAAUACUUUAUUAUUAAAGUAUUAUGGAGAGUCUAGAAUGGAGAAUAGCCACUUUGGGAAUAAAAUUACAAUUGUGCAAUGACUGAUAUGGUUAAAAAAAAAUAAAAAAUACCUGAUGUAUUUUGAAGAUGUUUAAUGCCGCAUAAGUUUCAUGUGUAAUUUCCCCACAUGCUGCCUAUUUAACUUGACAUGUUAAAAUUGAGUUUUUACUUAGUUUACUAUGCAUACAUUUAUUAUCUCAUCAUAUGCACAAGGACAAUGAUUUAGCUUUUCUUUUUUUAUUAUUCUUGAAAGUUGCAGAAUAAGUGCAGUUAAAAUGAUUUGGUUACUUUGCCUAGAUUAUAUUAUAAAAAGAAAGCCUUUGUAGUACUGGGACAGAUUUGUGUGAACGUAGCAUAGAUAUACAAACCCAAAAAUAAACAAUGUGAAAAGAAAUAAUUAUGUAUGUCCCUUUUCUGUUUUCAUUUGUUUGUUGUUGUUGUUAUCUUUACCUUUAAUUUGUGCACUAUUUGUUUUUUUGUUUUUUUUGUUUUUUGGUCACACUUUAUAUUAGGUGGCCUUAACUGCUAUGUCUAACAUUAAAUACAUACAAGACAAUGUAUUUACUGUGUAACUACAAGCUGUUCUGCAAAAUUUCCACAUUUAUUGCUACUGAGGUUGAGGUACGGGUAGGUUUUGGGGUAAGGGUUGGUUUAGGAUUAGGUUUAGGGUUAGGGGUAAAGUUAACAGUGUAACUACAAAUGUAAUUAAAUGCAAAACAAAACAAAACAAACAAAAAAACAAACAUGUAUGUACAUAAUAAGUGCAUUGUAUCAAAUGAUUAAGUACAUAGUAGUUAAGGCCAUCUAAUAAAAAAGUGGAACCUUUUGCACUGCUUAUGUCCAGUUAUGUUUGUUUUAUAACAUUCUCACAUCGCCCAGAAGUCUUUCAUGUAUAAUCAUUCAUAUUAAUACAUGAGCCUUAAUACAGAGAUUUGAUCUAAUUUUCCUUAUCUUAAAAUGAAUAUGUAAAUUACAGGAAUUGUAAUUAAUGUUAUUUUUUUAUUAUGUUCUGCCUAUAUUAAUCUCUAUAAAAAUGCAUCACAUA